AUGGCGACGCGCAAGAUCCACAAGAAGUGCCCGCACGGGCGGGUAAGGUAUGUAUGCCCUGACUGCGGGGGUGCCGGCAUCUGCCAGCACGGGAAGCAAAAGGCCAGCUGCCGAGACUGCGGUGGAAGCAACAUCUGCCCACACGGGAAGCGAAAAGCACUGUGCCCAGACUGCGGUGGCAGCGCCAUCUGUCCGCACGGCAAAGCCAAUCACGGGUACUACUGCAAGCCGUGCGGCGGCAAAGGCCUGUGUGAGCACGGCGUCAACAAGCACAAUUGCCCAGAUUGUCGCCCCCAGCGCUUGGGCAAGCGCGUGAGGACAGAAACAAAGUCCUAUGACCGCAGAUGCCCACACGGUCGUGUGCGAAGGGCGUGUGCCGACUGUAACAAUUGGAUCUGCGAGCUCUGCCAGCCUACUGUGAAGCUGGCCACGGCGGCCAAUCUUCGGAAGCACAUGCAAGCCUUCCACGGCGACAACCCAAAAGCCCUGACGAAAAGCAAAGAGCUCGAGGUGCACCAGCUCCUGAGCAAGUCGGGCAUCCAAUUCGACUACCAACACCACCUACCCUUCCGAGGCUGCGGGCUGGAGUCGGAGACAAGCCGCAUCCUUGAGGUGGACGAGAACCAGCACUCCCACCAGGACCCCAGCUGCGACGUGCGCCGCGACUUCGACAUGGUCGCGAGCGUGGCGCUGGGCAGCCAGCACAAGCUGGUCGUCCGGUACAACCCUGACGCCUUCAAGGUGGCGGGUCGCACAGUGCGCACUCCCAAGACCGAGCGCCAUCCGAAGCUCCUGCAGCUCCUGCACAGCCUCAUCCAGGAGGAACCGCAGAAGUCCUUCCAGCGCCUCUUCCUCUUCUACGACCGGGCAGCCGAGGACAGCGAGCUGCCCGCCGUCGCGGAAGACUGGGACGUGGUGGCCCCCAUCAUCAACGAGAUCAACAUCGCCCUGACGAACUACGACACCUCCGCCGAGGUGGACGCCAAGAUCUCCGGCUCUUAUCUCCGCAUCGCAUGCUCCCUCAUCGCGUGCGCGCUUUGGCAUGGCACGUCGGUGAAGAUUUGCAUGCAGCUUUGGCACUGA